AUGUACAACCUCUCUUGUGUAGAUGGCCAUCAUUUUUCAAGCCAGCAGGAUGUCUAUGUUCUUGACGUCCAACGGCUCAAUGCUGGCCUAGCUGCCAUCUCCUCGGAUCAAAAAUUAGGCCUUUUCAACCCUGCGAGGCUGUGCCAAGGCCCCAUCAAGUCGUAUCCUACCAGUCAUGGUAACCUGACAUGUCUGAAGACGUUUGACUGGCAGAAUUCGAUUGUGUGCACCGCAGGUGAGAAUGGAGAGGUCUCGGUAUGGGAUAUGAGGGAGUCAUCGAAGCCUCAGGUCGCCCACUUUGCAGCCAGUCAAUCGCCCAUUCUUUCUCUUGAUUGUGAUUCGAGAACAAACACAAUAGCGAUUGGCACAGAGUUCCAGAACCACAUGGCGUCGGUGCUACUCUGGGAUAUCAGAGCCGGUCCGACGCAGAGGCUCCAAUACGACGAAGUUCACAGUGACGAUGUGACUGAGCUCCGCUUCCACCCCUCAGAGCCGCACAUUCUCCUCUCAGGCUCAACCGACGGCCUCGUCAACGUUUACGACACGCGCAUCUCCGACGAGGAUGAGGUUGUCAUCCAGACACUAAACCAGGGAUCCGUCCAUCACUCCUCGUUCCUUGGUAACACCGAGGUCUACGUGCUGACCCACGACGAGAAGCUCGCCGUCUACAGCGUCGCCGAAGACCACGGUUCAGGCGCUGCAGUCGUCGACUUUGGCGACGCGAGGAAGACCCUCGGUUGCCAGUACAUCGCCAACGUGACGACUAAGGUUGACGGUAGUGGCGCCAUUGUUGGUGCUGGCUCGCAAGACCGCCAAAUCUUUGAGUUGGUGCACUUGUCGCGUACAACAGAGGGCGGUUGGGAUUUCGACAGGGCGAACAGUGUUGGACUGCCUGGCGGCCACGGCGAAGAGAUUGUCCGGUCGUUUUGCUUCUACGACGACGAGCAGGUCGUCUUUACUGCUGGAGAAGACGGCAACAUCAAAGCGUGGAGACCCAAUUAA